AUGGCUCCCUCAUCUUUUUGUUAUUCCACCACGCAUCUAGUUACCACAGUAAUUUGUUAUAUCGUUAUCUUUGCAUGUUGUAAUUUGUUUCGUUUGACCGAAUCGGUGGAUUUCAAGAUCGAUCGUUUUGAUGCUGGUGAUACGAGUAUAACAUAUUCAGGGGAUGCAGCCGUUUCUGCUGGAGUCGUACAGCUCAUAAACACAAAAACCACUUACCCCUAUGGACGCGUUGGUCAAGCCAUAUACGCGGAUCCGGUCCAAAUAUGGGACCGACAUUCUCAUAAGCUUACCGAUUUCACUACUCACUUCACUUUCAUUAUUGAUGCAUAUGCCGAGAACUCAUAUAGUCACGGGCUUGGUUUCUUUCUAGCCCCGGUUAGCUUCCAAAUCCCACCCAACUCAGGUGGUGGCUUUUUAGGCCUCUUCAAUUCAACUUACACAGAUUCAUCACAGAACCAAAUGAUAGUCGUCGAGUUUGAUACGUUUUGGAACAUGCAAUUCGAUCCUCCAAAAGUAGGUACUCAUGUAGGUAUUAAUAGGAACUCCAUUUCUUCUGCUAAUUGCACUUAUUGGAAUGCUAGUUUACACAGUGGAGACUCUGGAGAUGCCUGGGUUUCUUACAAUUCUACUGCUCAAAUGCUAGACUUGCGUUGGAGCUACGGUGCUGGAAACGAUUCUAAUACAGAUACAGGUCUUUCAUAUCAAGUCGACCUCCGGGAAGUUCUUCCUGAGCAAGCAAUAGUCGGGUUUUCAGCAGCUACUGCUGGCAGUAAUGGAGUGAGAACUAUCAUUCAAAGGUGGGAGUUCAAUUCAACCUUGCAAAUAAAUGAAAACAGUAGUGAAGAUAAUCCCAAGGAAUUUUGGAAACUAGCGGUUGGCUUAACUGUCCCUUUUAGUGUUCUAGUUGUGGCAGCAGCAUGUGUUAUAUUAUGGAGAAGACAAUUAAAACCUACAAAGGAGCUAGAGAAAGUCACAUUGACAUCCAUAAACGAAGAUCUUGAACGAGGAGCGGGUCCAAAAAGGUUUUCUUAUAGUGAUCUCGCUACUGCGACCAAUAACUUCUCUAAAGACAGGAAGUUGGGUGAGGGAGGAUUCGGGUGUGUCUACAAAGGCUACUUACCACGUGAAGGUAUCGUAGUUGCUGUCAAGAAAAUUUCACAGGGUUCUCGACAAGGAAAGAAAGAGUACAUAACUGAAGUGAAGAUUAUUAGCAGCUUAAGACACCGAAACUUGGUGAGACUAAUUGGUUGGUGUCAUGAUCAAAGUCAGUUCUUGCUUGUUUAUGAGUUUUUGCCAAAUGGAAGCCUUGACUCUCACCUAUUUGCUCAUAGAAGUCACAUUGAGUGGGCUGUAAGGUACAAAAUUGCGACAGGCUUAGCUUCUGCAUUACUGUAUUUACACGAGGAAUGGGAACAAUGUGUGGUGCAUCGGGAUAUCAAAACAAGCAACAUUAUUCUAGAUUCUGGAUUCAAUGCGAAGCUUGGAGACUUUGGAUUGGCCCGACUUAUGGACCAUGAGAUGGGGCUAGAAACAACCGGUUUAGCUGGAACUUUAGGCUACUUGGCUCCUGAGUGUCUAACAACAGGAAAGGCGAGCAAAGAGUCAGAUGUAUAUAGCUUUGGGGUUGUUGCUUUAGAAAUUGCUUGUGGGCGAAAGGCUACAGAUAGGGUUGACCCGAAUUCUGGUCUUGGGUUGGUGAAGUGGGUUUGGGAUUUACUAGAAAAAGAUGAGCUGCUUACGGGUGUGGACCAGAAGCUGAACAACGAAUUUGACGCGAAAGAAGUGGAAUGUUUGAUGAUGGUGGGGUUAUGGUGUGUACAUCCUGACCGGAGCUUGAGACCGUCAAUCCGGCAAGCGUUUCAAGUGCUGAAGUUUGAGGCCGCGGUCCCAAAUCUUCCAAUCAAGAUGCUGGUGCCCGUACACUCUGGUGAUCCCGAAGUCAGUUCUGGAGCUGCUUCGGUGACUUACGCUAGCAUUGAUAUGAUACGUUGA